UUGUUGCUAAUGGGAGUUUACAAAUAUAAUAUCUAUGUCAUUUUACAACUUUAAGGCCCGUCCGAAAUAAAGGAAAAGGGAUAGGAAUUAUGUAGAAUAGGAUUCCUUCAUGAGAUUUUCUUCUGCUGUUGUUUGUAAAAAAAAGGAAUUGUUAUUCUAUGUUCCUUUUAAAUCCCUAUGGAUUGGACUAUGCCAUAGGAAUUUUGGAAUAAACUAAACAUGAGGUCCUACCUCUCAUGUUUUCUUCUGUUAGUGUCUAUAAUUUUCGUGUUUUCCUAUGUGACAUCCAAAGGAUAGUUUUGCAGUUUUUUUGUGAUUUUAGUUCCUGUAGGAAUCUAGGAUAGGCAACAUCCUAAUUCCCCGCUCUUCCUAUUCCUAUGUUUCAAAAGGUGACGUAUAUGAUAAAAAAAAAGCUUAUACUGUUCAUUGAACAUGUGAAAUGGUAUAGCACACUGCCGAAGAGGUUUUCUAUGGCAGCCCCAACUGCUCUUUGAUCAUCAUGAGCCAGGUCCCAGAUCAUUGCACACCCCAUUAAUUUCUCUAUCCACCAACAUGAUUUAUCCCAUUGGUACCUCGGGUACCUUUGGGUUGUUCGUGGAGAAAUGCAACCGGCCACAAUGUUAACUAGAUGACACCCUAGAGUACCUUUGGGUUGUUCAUGCAGAAAUGUAACCGGCCACAAUGUAAACUAGAUGACACCAUGUGAGGAUAUCAGAAAUGCUUUGAGCCUGUUAAACUGCAGCGCCGAUUUAAUGAUCGUCACCAUCACAAAGGACAUCCAGCUGGCUAAAGAAUAUUGCUAUCCACCGCGGGAACCUAUAGACUAUUCUCUUCCUGGCCUCUACCAUGACACGGUGCUCAAGCUUACUAGCCAGCAGAAAUCUGAAAACAACUACUGCCCCCAAAUUUUGCAUGAUAUCUUGUAUGAGUGUGAACCACAUGAAUUCUGCAUGAAGAUCUUCACUCAUGCUUUCUAUGCUAACUCCAAGAGGAGCAACGAGGAGCUACUCAAGCUGCGCAACACCCUGCGGACUUUGCCAGAAACAACAUUCAACAGCAUCACUAAGGUGAUGUUCAAGUUUUCUUACAGUGAUCUGGCUAAAGAAUACAAAUCUUGCUUGCUGCACCUAGCUAUAUUCUCUCCCGGACAAAAGAUCAGGCGGUCAACCUUGAUUGCACGGUGGGUUGCAGAAGGACUGACAUACAAGGAAGAUUGGCCCAGUUCUGUGCGUCAGGCCAACCAAUGUUUUGACACACUUGUUGGCCGGUGCCUUGUUUAUCCUGCUGAUAUUGGUAUCACAGGAAAUGUAAAGAGUUGUGUCGUAGGUGAUCUAAUUCAUGGAUUCAUUACCACAAUUGCUAGAAAACAACACAUUGUGGAGACAUGCCUGUCACAUCACUUGGCUCGCCACUUCUCCAUUUUCAAUGAUCUACAACUCCGCAGCUCUGAUAGAAUUGACAAAUUCUUCGAGGGGCUCUCUAAAUCAUCUCAAGUAUCCCUGCUCAAGGUGCUAGAUCUAGAAGGUUGUCAGUGUUUUCUUGGGAAGAACCAGCAGUACCUCAAGGACAUCUGCAGCAAGAUGUUACUGCUCAAGUAUUUGAGCCUGAGGAAAACAAAUAUUACCCGGCUACCCAGUGAAAUUAACAACCUCCAUGAGCUAGAGGUACUGGAUAUCCGAGAAACUAGGAUGCCUGCACAUCCAACAACAAAUAUCCUGCUCUUGAAGCUGAAGCGUCUGCUUGCUGGUCACAUUGAUCUGAAUUCAAGCAAUUUUCGCUAUGGUGUCCGGAUUCCUCGUAGGAUCGGCAAAAUGGUAAACAUGGAGGUACUAUCUGAGGUCAAGGCCUGGCAGAGUAAUGAUUUAAAAGAUAUUGGAAAGCUAUGGCAGCUGAGGAAGCUAGGUGUGGUUAUUCAAGAUAAGGAUGAUCACCUCAGGAAUUUGCUUCAGACGAUCAGUGACCUACAUGAGUGCCUCUGUUCUCUGUCAAUCACUGCUAUUCCCAUAACCACACCACACGAGGGUACUCCUUCCAGUGCAGAGUUACCAUAUGGCAUUGGCUCUAUGUUGGAAAACCAUUUCAAGAUUCUUGAGAGUCUAAGCAUCAGGGGAGCCACACAGAAGGGGCGUCUUCUUCCAUUGUUCAUAAAAGGUGAUAAAAACAAACUUGUCAAGGUAACUCUAUGUCACACUCUGCUGAGCCAAGAUGAUCUGAAACUCCUUGCCAAGCUGCCCAAGUUACAGUGUCUCAGGCUCCAACACAUUGUAUGCACCGAGCACAUGCUGAACUUCAAGGACAGUGAAUUCAGAUGCCUCAAGCUCCUUGUUGUUGAGGGCUCGGACUUGACUAAUGUCACUUUUGAGGAUGGUGCAGCCAGUGAGCUCGAGAAGAUGGUUUUGUCUAUCACCAGCAUAUGUUCUAUUUCUGGAGUUGACUAUCUUACAAAUUUGAAAGAGCUUGAGUUAAACAGCAGCUUCUGCGGCAGUUUGCUGUCAUCAUUUGACAAUGCCAAACAGAUAGCCAAGCUGACUCUUUGUGGUACAUUGCUAGAGGUAGCUGCUCUACAACUGCUCACCAAGAAACCAAACAUACGCUGUCUGGUGCUCUUGGACAAGUCUUUUGGUGGAACACAGAAUGAGAUUACAUUAGAAAAAGAUGAGUUCUUAUGGCUCAAUCUCCUUGUUGUUGACUGCUCGACCAUCACCAAGAUUGUCUUCAACAGAGGGUCUGCUUCUAGGCUCGAGAAGAUUGCCUGGUCAUCUUCCACAUCUCUCUCCGGCAUCGACAAACUUUCCCGAUUGAAGGAGCUCGAGUACAAGGGUGAGCAUGUCCCUCCUGAGGUGAGAGAGGCCAUUGAAAACCAUAAAAACAAGCCCAGUCUUAAACUCAAUGGACCAGAAACUCAAGACUAAGCAAAAAGGAGAUGAAGAAGAGGAUCACGACGAUGCUGCAAGAUUCUCUUUCUGCUGGAAGAAACAGGUUUGAUGCCGGAAGGGCCUCUCCAUUGAUCGCAUGGUGUGGUUUGCGUGUGCUAGUGUGGAUUGCAAUCUGUUCUUCUUGUCUGUUGAUUUUUUUCUGUUGUGUGUUUAUGUUCUGCGUGCAUUACAGCUUAAGUAUGUCCGUUUAAUUGCUCUACAUGAGUGCCCUAGUGGCUCCGAUUGAGCAUAAACAGUUGUAUCUAUGCUUGGAUUUGAAUUUGUGUGGCUUUCCUCUGUAUCAAACAUCGUAUGCAUUCGUGUACAGUAUCAUGUAAUAAGGUGUGAUGAUUGUGGACACAUUUGACUUCUUAUGAAUGCACAGUGUGAUAUCA